AUGAAGAAUCCUCUCAAGGUCAUGGCGAGCCUCAUGAAAAAGUUUAAGCGGAAACGCAGACUUUCCUCUGAACUUCAUUCCCGCUGGGGCGAUCCUUCUAUCAGCUAUCCGACUCAAGGAUCAUGGAAUCAACAAAAUCAGCCACCGGGCUUUUUAGUCAAUGCCCCCACUGGAUUACCUCAGAGUCCUCGUCCUGCAGAACCACGACAACACAUCUCAUUAGACCAUAGCCAGAGUCACGAUUCAAAUAGCCCUGCCCCUCAAUAUACCCCAAGCGACCCAACUCGCGUCGAUUCUGUUAUUCCAAAGGGCUACUUCAACGAGAACAUCCGGCAUCGUGAAAAGGGCCCUAAAUCACCAGCCCUAGGGUUGGGGAUUGCAGGAACCCGACAUGAAAGAGAUGAACCAAACGAUCAUAAUGUUGCAGUUGAUGACGACGAGUCCUGCGAUGAGGAUGAUGAAGAGCGAGACACUCUAGGAGAUACAGGAGGAACGGCAGCACAUCACAAUUAUGCUACCGGCGAUGCAUCACGUCUGCCAUACCGAGAAGACUACGAUUCUUAUCCAGACCACGCAGCCAAAUCCCCACCGCUAUCUGUUACCUCUCGCAUGCGCCGCAUCAGCACUCAAAGCUCUAUGACCGAAAACUCGUCGAUUACUGGCCCUGCCAGCUCUAGAAGAACGAGCUAUACAGCCGCAUCUUCAGUCUCCGCACCCUCUCUGCCACCCGACACCCCACGGUAUGCAGUACACGCACAUUUUGAAAAGCGAGUCGCUCCUCGCCCCAGAUAUCGGACCGAGCCUACCCCAGCAGUGGGCGUUGGGCAGAUGGUGCCAUCUUACGAUGAACUCUACGGUUAA